AUGCUUCUCACUUUUCUAGCGUCUGCCUUGCUCGUGGCGUCUAGCAAUGCUGCACCAGCAUUACCGCGCCGCAAUGUAACGACAGCAAGCGAGCGCUUGGGCCUGACGUGGUUGGGAGCCAACAGUACGCUUCCUAAAAUCCUGGUUCUAUUCACCGGAGGCACGAUCUCAGGUGGUUCGAUAUAUGGAGCUCUGGACGACACUCAAUACGGCCAACUAUCAAUCACUGGUGAAGACAUUAUAGCUCGAAAUCCAUAUCUCCUGAACAAUACGCAAUUGGCCGUUUCAAAUUGGACCACCGAGGACGAUGGUUCCACCGGUACCAACGAUGCUCUGGUCAUGAACAUGACUCGAUUUGCUUACGAUGCCCUGUGCUCAGAAGAUAGCGAUAUUGUUGGCGCGGUAUAUACUCACGGCACAAACUCGCUGGAAGAGACAGCUUUCCUAAUGGACAGCCUUGUCAAUUGCGGCAAACCUAUUGUCGCAGUAGGAUCAAUGCGUCCCUGGACCCACCUGUCUUUCGAUGGAGAUGCGAACUUCUUCGACGGUGUCAUGCUGGCUGCGAGCCCAGAAGCACGAAACCGAGGCCUUAUGGUUGCAUUCAACGCCCGCAUUAUUCCCGGAUAUUGGGUGACCAAGCUGCAUUCGACAAAUCCAAACGCCUUUGGUCCUACUGCAACAGGUGAUCUAGGCCUCUUCGUCAAUAGUCUGCCGGUCUUCUAUAAUACACCAUCGCAGCCCUUAUUCAAGUACUACUUCAAUCUAUCUCUCGUUUCUAGCCAUCCUUCGUAUCCGGCACUUCCAAAGGUCGAUAUCCUUUACGCGGCACGGGAGUUUGACGGGAAGCUAGUACUCGAUGCCCAGGCAAAUGGUGCAGUAGGUGUGGUUAUAGCUGGGACCGGCAAUGGCGGAAUACCAACCGGGCAAGACGAGAUUGCUGAAGCUCUUGAGACGGGGCUGCAAGUUGUGGUUGGAACGAGAAGUCCUUUUGGACCGAGCAGCCCAAGCCAGGUGCCUACAUACGCGAAGUCAGGCCUUGUGCAUGUCAUUCAGGCAAGAAUAAUGUUACAAUUGGCAAUCGCAAGUGGCAUGGGUAUGAAUCAGACAAUAGGCUUAUUUGAAGGAGGGUUCAGGAAGGCAAUUGGGCAGCCUUGGACUCCUGGUACAUGA